AUGAGCGGCCUCGAAAAGUCCCUCUUCCAGCUCAAGUUUACCGCAAAGUCGCUCGAGCGACAGGCCCGCAAGGCAACAAAGGACGAAAAGGCCGAACAGGCAAAGCUCAAAAAGGCCCUGGCGCAAGGCAACGUCGAGGGUGCACGCAUCUACGCCGCCAACGCCAUCCGCAAGAAAAAUGAGAGCCUCAACCUACUGAGGCUAGGCAGCAGGAUCGAUGCCGUCGCAAGCAGAGUCGAGACGGCCGUCACCAUGCGACAGGUCACGGGAAGCAUGACAUCCGUAGUCAAGGGCAUGGACAAGGCCAUGGAGAGCAUGAACCUCGAGCGCAUCUCGAUGGUGAUGGACAAGUUCGAGAACCAGUUCGAGGACCUCGACGUGCAGACGUCGUACAUGGAGGGCACGAUUGGCGCCACGACGGCCCAGACGACGCCCCAGGACCAGGUGGACCUGCUGAUGCAGCAGGUGGCGGAUCAGAAUGGCAUCGAGCUCAACCAGCAGCUAGGCGAGGCCAACCUCGAGGGCAAGGUCGCCGAGCUCAGCAGCCCGCAGCCAGCCGAAAAGGCAAAGGACAAGGAGAGGGAGGACGACGCCCUGGCCGAGCGGCUGCGGGCCCUCAGACCGGCAACGUGA